AUGCAAAAAGUACAGACUCAGCACUCACAACGGUCAGAUGGCAAUGCAGCUGGAGCAGGAAGUUCAUCUAAGAAGGCACCAACAACGACGCCGAAUGAGCUCGAGAUGAGUCGACCGCCAUCACCAAUUCAAGCUACAGAAAUGGUCCCAAGUUGGGGCUUUCCGUCGAUGAACAAAUAUCGCAUUCUUGCGGUCUGCGGAGUCUACUUUGGCAAUGGAAUCAAUGAUGCUUCUGCUGGCGCUCUGAUCCCUUACAUGGAGAAACAAUACGACAUCGGAUAUGCUAUCGUCUCGCUGAUUUUCAUCACCAAUGCUAUUGGCUUCAUCACUGCUGCGUUCUUCACAGAUUUGACGUUGGAAAAAUUGGGUCGAUCAAGAGCGUGUAUGUUUUCUGAAGCCAUGCUGAUCGUCGGAUAUGUGAUCAUGGCUUGCACACCACCUUUCCCGGUGGUCGUCAUCGCUUUCCUUCUUCUGGGACUUGGUCUAGCCCUCAAUCUCGCCUUGAACAACGUCUUCUGUGCCAAUCUCGCAAACUCAACAGUCAUCCUUGGUGCCUCACAUGGUAGCUAUGGCCUUGGUGGCGUAGUCGGUCCCAUCAUGGCUACCGCAUUAGUCUCUCGCGGCGUCCUCUGGAGUCGUUUCUACCUCAUCACCCUCGGUAUCCGCGUCAUUUGCUUCUUCUGUACCGGCUGGGCCUUUCACAACUACGAAAGUGAGCCCUCCAGUUUGAAGAUAGGUAACCGUAUCCCACGCCGCGACGGGGAGAUACAGCCCACCAAACUGCAAAUGAUGAAAAGAGCUCUGAACAGCAAAGUCACUGUAUUCGCUGCACUCUUCAUCUUCUGUUACCAAGGAUCCGAAGUCAGCACUUCAGGCUGGGUCAUCUCCUUCCUCAUCGAAGCUCGUGGAGGUGACCCUGCAAAAGUCGGUUAUGUCACUGCUGGUUUCUGGGGUGGCAUCACUCUAGGCAGAUUCGUGUUAUCUCAUCUGGCACCCAGGAUCGGCGAGAAGCGCUUCGUCUAUAUCCUCACAGUGCUCUCCAUCGCAUUCCAGCUCUUGGUCUGGCUCAUCCCUAACAUUGUUGGCGAGGCCGUUGCUGUAUCGCUCUUGGGCCUGUUGCUCGGACCUGUGUAUCCAUGCGCUACGACCAUUUUCACGAGGUUGAUGGAUAGAGAUGUGCAGAUGACGGCAUUGAGCUUUGUGUCUAGUGCUGGUAGCAGCGGAGGUGCCGUCGCACCUUUCUUGACUGGACUUUUAGCGCAGGCUGUGGGUACUUUUGUGUUGCAUCCGAUCUGUAUUGCACUGUUCGUAGUCAUGAUGGGUUGUUGGUAUGGCUUGCCUGACAAGGUCAAGAGGACGGAGUAG